AAAUGAGGCGUGUAGCUAGAAUUGCUUAAUCUGUAAUCAAAAAUCGAAUGUUCUAAUCUCUUCAACAAAAGAUUGUAUAUCAUUUUGAUGAUAAUUACAAUAAAUUUUAUAAAGAGAAGGAUGAGAAUUUGGUAUUUUUUUAGAUCAACUUAGAUUCACCCUACUUAUACUUCCAAACACUUUAAAGUGUCAUCAAAUUCAAUUGUUUAGUACUUGGAAGACAAGAAAAUGGAACACAAGAUAUAGGGAAAGUAUGUACAAUUAAGAUAUUGUCCAUUCUGUCCAAAACAUAAUAUAGAAAAUCCAUCUAACUAAUUUGUUAUGGGAAUAAACUUAGAGAAGUACAUUUAAUGUCAAUGAUUAUAGUGGAUCGUAUAAUUGUUUCAGAGCUAGCUGUUCAGCUAAAGGCUCUUGGUUUGAUUUUAAGAACUUUUUGAAUGGGACUCUCAACACUUAGCAAUAGUAAAAUCCAUAGACUCAAUAACAGCCUGCUUAGAAACUGAAUAUAUUUGAAUAUCACUAAUACUACGAGAGAUUAAAGUUAUAAGAGCCUAAGAUAGUGUAUGACUAUUUGACAGGUGAUGAUUGGGAAAAUGUACAAUUUGCCUAUUAUUCACUAGUCAGAAUUAAAGAGGAAUUAAGGAUGAAGUCUUGAAAUUGUAUUUGAUUGGCAUUGAUGUUACUGAAAUCUAUGAUCCUUAAUAAGGCGGAUAUGUGUAGGCUCCCCUCAUAUACUUUCCCAUGUUUAGAUACAGAAAUCAGCACGAGAAGAAUAAAAUAAUGUAGAAAGCAUUGAAACAGAAAAAGGAUGAUGUUUUGGCUGAAAAAGUUUUGAGUGAAGAAACCAAAUAGAAUAUCCGAUCACAAUUAGAUAAUUAAUUUGAUAAUUUUCAAUAUGAAUUGGUGAGUUGCAAAAUCAGAGCAGCAGGAAAAGAUUUGAAGCAUAUUCAAAAGAUUGAACCUAUGAAUGCAGCCAAAGGGAUUUUCGGAAUGCAUUUACUUAAAUAGGAUUCUACUCAAGUGAUACUUACAGAAGGUGAAUUUGAUGCUAUGGCAGCAUAUCAAAUGACAAACAUUCCUGCCAUCUCAUUGCCAUAUGGUAUUAAUCAUAUUCCAGCCUAUCUUAUUGAAUGGUAAUCUAUGAUAAUUAUCAAAUCAGGUUAGAUUAGUUUGAGAAAUUGAAUGAUAUAAUAAUAUGGGUAGAUGAUGAUAAUCCUGGGAGAAUUAAUUCUUAAAAGAUUGCUCGUAAACUUGGUAAUGCGAGGACAAGAGUGGUCUAACCAUCUUUAAUUGAUCCUCAUGAUUAUCCUAAAGAUGCAAAUGAUUGUUUGAGAUUCUAUGCUGAUAAAGUCAUGACUUAUAUUGAUCAAUCGAAAUGUCUACUAAAAAAGAACAUCACCUAAUUUACUGAUUUUAAAUAAUUGACAAAGAAUAGAAUUCUAAACUUUGAAUUGUCAAAGGGAACCCAAUCUCAGACAUUCACAACUUAUAACAAUACCACUAAAGGAUUGAGAACUGGAGGUGAGUAAUUUAUAUAUAUUUAAAUUAGAGUUUACCAUUUUAACAGGACCCACUGGUAGCGGUAAGACCACUUUUUUGAGUUAGCUAUCUUUAGAUUUCUGUAAAGAAGGAAUAACAACACUAUGGGGAAGUUUUGAAAUAAAGACUGACAGAUUGGCUGAACAUUAAUUAUUACAAGCAUACAAGACAGAUUUAAUUAAACAAAAAGAUUUAGUUGAUAUAGCAAUUCAAAAAUUUGAAAAUGAAAUUCCAAUUGUAAAAAAAUCAAUUUAUCAAAUAGUAUUACAUGAAUUUUUAUGGGUCAACCGACCUAGACUAAAUUAUUGAUACUAUUGAAUAUGCAAUAUAUGAAUAUAAUGUAACUCACGUUUGUUUGGAUAAUUUAUAAUUUAUGAUGGGAACUUAAGUAGGAGGAAACAGGAAAUUCGAUUUUUAAGAUGAAAUCAUUGAAAAAUUUAGAAGAUUAACUAGUAAUAAUGAUAUUCAUCUGACUUUGGUCAUUCAUCCUCGAAAAGUUGAUGAAAAUGAAGACUUAACUAUUGCAUCUAUCUUUGGUUCAGCAAAAGCGACUCAAGAGGCUGAUAAUGUGUUUAUUAUCCAAAACAGACCUAGAUACAGAGUGUUUGAGAUUAAGAAAAAUCGAUAUGAUGGAGAAGUAGGCAGAGUUGGAUUAGGUUUCGAUUCUAAUGUGAAGUCAUUCUUCGAACUUACAUCUGCAGAAGUCAAGGAAUUGAAUGAGGAAAAGACUACUAUCAUAGAUAUUAUUAAUAAAAGGAAAUAAGAGGGUAGACAUUUUAAAUAAGAGAUUACUAUUAACGAUAAAAAUGGAAAUAAUGAUGGUGGUAAUAAUGAGGGUGGAUCUUCAAAUAAAGGAGGUAAUCACAGUAAUAAUAAUUCAAACAAUUCCAAAAUUACUAAAAAGGAUAACACUAAUGUCAAAAAGAUACUAGAAAAUAUACAAAUUUCAGAUCACAAUAUUUAUAAAGACUCAAAUGAUGACGAUGAAGAUCAAAUGGCUUAAUUAGAAAAAAUGGCUGAAUAAUAUGCUAAUUAAGAAAUAACAGAAAUUAUUUUAAAUCAAAAGCCUGUGUAAUUGGCUUUAGAUGAUAUUGAAGUACUUGAAAAGAAUCAUAAAUUGGAUAGUCAACAAUCAGGUGUUGAAAAUAAUGAAAAACAACCACCUAAUUAAAAUAGUACUAAUAUUUCCAAUAGUUAUCUUAACUAAAGUAAAAUCAUUAGGGAAUGUGAAAAAUGCAUAGAUCCUUCUAAUGAUUAUCUAGAAAUAUGGAAAUUUGAUUAAGAUAGUGAUUAUGGUUUAAAACCAAAAAUUGGAUAAUACGAAAUUUAGUAAGAACAAACUCCUAAAGAUAAUACUUAUACUCAACAUGGCUCUAAUGAAUUUACUUUGUUCCAUUCUGACCCAUUAAACAAAUAUGCUGCCUAAAAGAUUAAUAAAGAAUUAGAUUAGAGUCUAUAAAGUGAUGAAUUUUAACCUGUUGAUGAUCAAAUAGAACUGGCUAAUUAAUAUACAAGCUAAAAGAAACAAUCGAAAAGGGCUUCUUUUAUUCAUGUUGGAUCCAAAAAACCUUCUAAAUCUUAAUUAGAUUUAUGA